ACACAACCUCAUCGAAAGCAUCCACACACUACUUUCAUAUCCACAACAUAAAAUAAAAAAAAUGGCUUCACAGAGCUCAACCACCAUUUCCCUCGUCAUCAUCCUCCUCAUCAGCCUCGCAGAAGCAGACCUACUCAGCUCCCCUUCACCAACAAUGGACGACAACUUUGGUACUUGUCCCAGAGACCCAUUGCAACUACGCGUAUGUGCUAACGUCCUUGGCCUAGCCAAUGUCACAGCUGGAGACACCAGAGCACGAUCAUGUUGCACUGCCAUCAAUGGCCUCGCUAAUGUUCAAGUAGCCGAUUGUCUCUGCUUUAUCUUCAGGCCACUCCCUUUGGUUUUCGGUAUCGAUAAGGCCGUUAGAGAAAUCUUUUUUGCUUGCAAUAUGGUUUUUCUUAUCGGUUUUCAGUGUCCACCAUCAACAGUAACUUCACCUUAAUUCCCCCUAAUUAAGAUCCCUAUAUAUCAAGUAUUUCCUUGAACUAGAAGUUUGCUUGCACCACAAGUAUUAAUGGAUUACAUUGUUGAUCUGUGUUUCGUUGUUGAUUAGGACGUAAUAAGGGCUACUUAUGCUGACAAGAAAAAAGGACUGUUGAUGUCUGUAUGCAUAUAUAUGCAUAAUAAAUAUGCAUAUAGAUAUCUACUAAUGUUCACGAAGAAGAAUAAUAAAUAAAGUGCAAUACUUUUGUGUGUGUUUU